AUGGCGGCGGGGGAAGAGGACUGGUGGAGGUGGAGGAAGAGACUCUGUAAUUUCUCUGAUGAUGAUAUCAAUCAAGAGCAGGAUGAAUGCAUUCCGUACAUGCGUUGUUUGAUGCACAAGGCACAGGCGGUGGGCUGGCCGCCCGUCCGGUCGUUCCGCAAGAACAUCCUGGCCGUCCAGUCCCAGAGAGGCAGAGGCGGAGGCGACGACGGCGGCAAGUUGAUGUCGCCGCCGGCGUUGGUGAAGGUGAGCAUGGACGGCGCGCCGUACCUGCGCAAGGUGGAGCUGAGGACGUACGGGAGCUACCAGGAGCUGUCCAAGGCGCUCCAGAAGAUGUUCAGCUCCUUCACCAUCGGCAGUUGCGGGUCGCAGGGGACGAUGAUGAAGGAGACGAAGCUGGCGGACCUAGUGAGCGGCUCCGACGAGUUCGUGCCCACGUACGAGGACAAGGACGGCGACUGGAUGCUCGUCGGCGACGUCCCCUGGGAGAUGUUCGUGGAGUCGUGCAAGCGCCUCCGGAUCACGAAAGGAUCGGAAGCCGUAGGCCUCGGUCAGUAG